GAGCGUCUGACUUCGUAGCAUAAAUAGUGGAGCUCUGCGCCAUGAGGCUCAGACUCGAGGAUCAAUACACCGACAGAUACAUUCACAAGAACUGUCCUUUAGGAGAGAGGACACUGUUAGUAGAAGACAUACAAAGUUAGCUUGAUAUUAACGUAACAUUUGACGUACAAGAGCGACAAUGAACGGGCAGAUGAACGGUUUCCAUAACUCCCUCAUCGACGAGGACUGCUUCUUGUUCACCUCGGAGUCGGUCGGAGAAGGACAUCCCGACAAGAUCUGUGAUCAGAUCAGUGAUGCGGUUCUGGAUGCCCAUCUCAAGCAGGAUCCUGAUGCUAAAGUUGCAUGUGAGACUGUUGCCAAGACUGGGAUGAUCCUGUUGGCUGGUGAGGUGACGUCAACUGCCACGGUGGACUACCAGAAAGUUGUCCGAGACACCAUCCGCCAAAUUGGAUAUGAUGACUCCUCCAAAGGCUUUGACUAUAAAACCUGCAAUGUUCUUGUGGCCUUGGAGCAGCAGUCUCCUGACAUCGCUCAGGGUGUUCACAUUGACCGCAAUGAGGAGGACAUUGGAGCAGGGGACCAGGGCUUGAUGUUUGGAUAUGCCACUGAUGAGACCGAGGAGAGUAUGCCACUCACAAUUGUCCUCGCCCACAAACUGAACGCUAAAAUGGCUGAGUUGCGUCGCGAUGGCACCCUUCCAUGGCUCAGGCCAGACUCAAAGACACAGGUUACUGUUCAGUACCGCCAGGACCGUGGUGCUAUGCUUCCAGUGCGUGUGCACACAGUUGUCGUCUCUGUUCAGCAUGACGAGGAUAUUUGCCUGGAGGAGAUGAGAGACACCCUGAAGGAGAAGGUUGUCAAGGCUGUUGUUCCAUGCAUCUAUUUGGACGAUGACACAGUCUACCAUCUGCAGCCAAGCGGGCGAUUUGUUAUCGGAGGCCCACAGGGUGAUGCUGGUCUGACGGGGCGUAAGAUCAUAGUUGACACUUAUGGAGGCUGGGGAGCCCACGGCGGUGGUGCCUUCUCCGGGAAGGAUUACACAAAGGUGGACCGCUCUGCUGCUUAUGCUGCACGCUGGGUGGCCAAGUCUCUGGUGAAGGCUAAGCUCUGCAGGAGAGUGCUGGUCCAGGUUUCCUAUGCCAUUGGAGUUGCCCAUCCCCUUUCCAUUUCUAUCUUCCACUAUGGGACCUCCCAUAAGAGUGAGAGGGAGCUGCUUGACAUUGUGAAGAGGAACUUUGAUCUCCGUCCUGGAGUCAUUGUCAGGGAGUUGGAUCUGAAGAAGCCCUUGUAUCAGAAGACCGCAGCCUAUGGCCACUUUGGCCGAGACUCCUUCCCAUGGGAGGUGCCCAAAAAACUCAAAUACUAAACAUGUUAAGCUUUUCCCCCCCAGGCCUGUUGGUGUAUACUACAGAGAAGCCUCCAAGGUACCGGGGGUGAAAUGCCCUUAUCUCUCUCAUAUUAAUGGUAUCAUUUAACACAUGACUCCCUUUCCUCACUCAAACUCCCUCCUUUGUCUUCUUGCUGUUUUCUGCUGGUUGCAGUAUCAUACUGGGUCAUAGGAGGCAUGCCUCGGAAACUUGAUGUUUAAAGAACUAGAUGGGUUCCAUGAACUCAUGCACCAUAGUACUCCAUAGUACGUUCAGUUGUUCUCCUUUUGGCAUUCCACACUCGUCAAUAUUUUAUUCGGUGUCAUGGCGAUGGCAUAUUAGGCUAUAUGCGAUACCCCUCUUAAUUCACUGGUGCUACUGAUGUAAGGAGUCUGCGCGGCAUCUACAUUUUUCAAAUCCAUUUAGAAGCAUAAUUUGAUAGUCCGAGGGUCGUCUGGUCUGGCACCUUCCCAAACAGGUUUAGUGUCUUUCUAAACAUUCCUCCCCUUUGUCAGUCUGGUAAAAGUAUUCCCUGGCCCGGUCAGUGUUUUUAUCCUUUUUGUUAGCUUUAUUCCCACAUCUUUGUGGAGGAUGCUAGAAUGGCACAAUUAAAAAUUUUAGGGUUGUUGCUGUCUUCACAAAAAAUGCUAUGCAUUGCAGGCUAAUGGGCGAGCCAAAUCCUAAUUAUUCAAGCUCUCAAGUGAGCAUGAAGCCUCCGAUGCCCCGACAGACCUUUGCUGUUUUCUGACGUACUACAGAAAAGUCAGAAGCUGCUAUGCCACUGCUCUGGUCUGCAGGGGUAUUUGUUAUACUUGAUGAUAAUGGCAAAAAUUGGAUUGUUUAUGCAUUGAAAUUCAAUUUUAAAUGAGUCCUUUUUAAAUGUAGUUUGACUUGCUUUUUUAUGGUUUGAAGUGACUAACGGUCCUUUUACUCCCUUAAGUGUAUUGAUGGCAGGUGUAGCUACAGAGAAACCUGAUCCCCGUCUUUACUCUUAAAGGAGUGCGUUCUUUGCCACAGAGUCUUAUUGGCUUGAAGUCAAACCUUAACACUAUUUAUUUGUUCUCUGAAACUCAGCGUGGAUACAGAGAAGCUGAGGUUUCAGAAGGCAGCUUUAAACACACUUGGCUAUUGAAUCUUGAAUUCCUUUUGACUUGACCAGUUUUCAGUGUUUGGCUUGAGGCUCCAGAGUGUCUUACAGAAAAGCUUUGGUCCGCCUCAACGAGAAAGUGUCACUGGCUACUGUUAAUGAUGACUAAUAUUAAAACCUUUUUUAUUUUUGGACUAUAGAUCAUAUUUUUAAGUGGGUUGGUUUUGAAAUCCCAUUGAAAUGUCUGACGCAAUUCUUUAGCUCUUACCUAUCCUCCAUGGAAUGGCAACAUUUGGUUGGUGUAGUACAGAGAAACCAGCCUUGUUUACACGGCUAUUCCAUGUGUGGGUUAGGUUCCAGUUUUGGUUUUGUUCCCUUUUACCACUCGAAGUCAUCCCGUUGGCUACAGUAAGUGUAAGAGUGCCUUUUCUAUUUCCUCUACUCCCCUUUUGCUUUUCUCCCCUCCUCCUUCCAACAUGCGCUCAACUUCCAGAGGAACAAGUAGUUCAUACUGUAUUGUGCUUCAUGUCUAGACUGGGUAGUUUCCUUAUGCUCUGUAAUAAACAACUACUCCUUUCAAA